AUGUCUAUCGUCAUCUGUCCCCCGUCGCCGUCGUGGCCGGCUGAAUAUGAAACAUUGAGAGCCAAAAUCGCGUCUGUGGCGCCGACCAACGCACAAAUCGACCACAUCGGGUCCACGUCGGUAUCCAAUCUGCCCGCCAAAAAUAUCAUUGACAUCCAAAUGAGUGUGGACAAGUUGGAACAGGUGGACAUUGAGGCGUUGCGAACAAUAGGAUACGUUCAGAGUAGCGGGGUAAAAGUGGACCAUUGUCCUCCGGGCCAGAAAUUAGCCGAAAAAGAGCUGCAAAAGCUGUUUUUCAAGCAGCAGAUUGAUGGGGGACGGCCGUCACACUUGCACGUGAGAGAAUUCGGGAGAUUCAACCAGAAAUACCCGCUUUUGUGUCGAGACUAUCUGCGGACCCAUCCUCAUGCCGCCGCGGCGUAUGCCGAGAUCAAAAUUCAGCUGGCCAAGCGAUUUGCCGACGAUGUCGACAGUUACUACGACGUGAAGGAUCCCGUGUUUGAUUUGAUCAUGGAGGGGGCCAAGGAGUGGGAACUGCGACAGAAACAAACUGGAACCUCGACGUAG